AGAUCGCAUGCUCAUUUCGAAAACAGUAUUGAAAGCAUCAAGAACUUAAGCAACGAGCAGACGUGUGAAGAAAGUCAGAAGUAUGACUUCGCCAGUACAACUACGAGUUAUAACCAAACGAAAGCCUAAAUGUAACGGUAAAAUAAGCUACCUUGCACUUUUAUUCAUCGCACUUUGGAUAGUCACCUGUCAUGCUGAGUACUUCUCAUCAACCGACAGUAUACCUAUGUUGGCAAUCGCAGAGGGUGAAUUAAUACAGUGGUAUAGAGAGUACUUCGAGGCUCAGGCGGUGGAUUUUGCAGACUUUCGCAAUUUCAUAAAAAGAGUAAAGGAAGAGCAUAAUUUGGCACUGGAAGAUCCGGAAGCCUAUCUUAGCAACCCUAUAAAUGCAUAUAAGUUAAUUAAACGAACCGUAAUUGACUGGGGCAUAAUAACGGAAAAUGUGCGAAAUAAUACAAAUCUGCAAGCGCUUGCAGCAAAUUUCACGACCUUGACGGCGGAAACGUCUUUGCCUGAUGUUAAUGAAUUACGUGGUGCGACCAAGGGCUUAGGUCGCCUACAGACCAUGUAUAAUUUAAGUACUGCUGAUUUGGCAGAGGGAUAUAUCAAUGACAUUUAUUAUGGUUCUGAACUCUCUCUAAACGAUUGUUUUGAAAUCGGAAGCAGUCUGUUCGAAAAUAUGGAAUAUCCUUUAGCGAAAGAAUGGCUACAGUUUGUAUUGAAGCUGAUGAAUGAUGAGAAAGAAAAUUCGAUUCGUUUUACGAACACUGGAAACAAUAUUGAUGGCGAAGAGAGCAUGCAGGACAAACUAAUAUCAGAAGAAAUAGAGGGGAGUGGAAAGGAGAAUGAAAAUUUAAGCGAGCAAAAUGAUGCUGUCGAGGCCGAGGCGAAGAAAAGUGAAGGGGAACAUGAUGAUGACGAUGACUAUGAAUAUGAAGACAACGAAGCUGAUAGUGAUUAUUAUGAGAAUGAAAAUGAAAAUGAUGUGGAUGACAAUUUAGUUGAGUUAGAUGAUCUCAUUUAUGAACCACGUUAUGGUGUAUUUGCACCACUGCAACUGUACGAAUUGGAUGAAUAUGGUAAUUUAGUUAAUGAGAGUGAUUCUAAAGUAAUAAAUAAUGGGAGUGACCACAAAGCCACGCUUGAGUCUUACAACGAAAACUACGCAUUCAACAACACAAAUGGAACAACACACACUGCUUACGAGAAAGAUCCGAUUACAGAGAAAAUAUUACUCGAAACACUCGAAUAUUUAGCACUCGCCAGCUAUGAGUUGGGUCAACAAGAUGAAAUGCAGCAAUACAUUAAUGAAAUACUUGAUAUAAAUCCAGAGCAUGUAUUUAAAGAUCUGAGUGUUUAUAUGCAUACUAAAGAAGCAGAAAGAAAUCCUACCUACUCCGAUACUUUGACUGACUUACAAAAUUUCGAAUGGUUUGCGAACUACUCACGGCUGUGUCAAGGUAAACAAGUGGAACAAAAGGAACUGUAUCAACUCAAGUGUAAAUUAGAUGCACGCAAUCAUCCACUAUUCAUAUUGGCACCGUUGCAAAUCGAAGAAUUGAAUGCAGAUCCAGAAAUUGUCGUCUAUCAUGGACUGUUAAACGAUAAACAUGUUGAAGAUAUACUUGAACAGGCUGAAGCAUAUAUGUUUCGUUCGAGUGUUGGCGGUAUGAACACAUAUAAGGUUCGCGAUGUGCGCGUCAGCCAACAAACAUGGCUAACGUAUCAUAGUCCCACACUACGGUACAUCUAUCGUACGGUGUCCGCUAUCAGUGGCUUCGACUUAAGUAACGCGGAAGAUAUGCAGGUGGCAAAUUAUGGCAUUGGCGGACAAUACGAUCCGCAUCACGACUAUUUCGCUGACUAUGAUCCCUCAGUUAAAUCAGCAUGGAUCGGAAAUCGCAUAGCAACACAUUUAUUCUUUACUUCUGACGUUGAGCAGGGUGGUUAUACUGUCUUUCCACUUUUGAAUGUUUACGCAAGACCCGUAAAGGGUUCGAUGGUUAUGUGGCGUAACUUACAUAAGUCGCUGGAUCCCGACAAGCGUACUCUACAUGCCGGCUGUCCUGUUCUUAAGGGCACCAAGCGAAUUUGCAAUGUUUGGGUACAUUCAGGCUAUCAGGAAUUCAGUCAUCCCUGCGAUUUAGUACGUGACGACUACAAGUCGGCUCAUAUAGAAUAGAAGCAAGAAAAUAAAUAAAAAAUAUGUAUAUUGUAUUUAGUUAAGUUUAAAUAUUUCACUUCUGUUUCUAAGUAAGCUAAUAAAUAUUCCGGUAAAAUAUUUAUAAAUUGUCUCAAAUGUA